AUGUUUGUCAAUGUAAAAAUAAAUGAUAUUAAUAUCUACAUAGGGAAAAUUGUAAUGCCUUUUAAGUUUUUUUAUAACCCAAUGACGAUUGAGGCAUAUGAUGUUAAUAAUAAAUUGACAUAUUCUAUUAAAGAUAAUUGCUGUAAAUGCAUUAUUAUAUGUGGAGGUUGUAGUUGCAAAAAAUCAUGCAAAGAAGAAUACUUUAAGUUAUAUGAUAAAAACUAAAAGGAACUUAUUCCUAUUAAAUAAAAAGCAUAUGAUUGUGAAAAGUCUUGCACACAUUCAAUUUAUGACAAAAUAGCUGAAUUCCCAUAAGGAGCUUCAACACAAGAUAAGAUCUUACUAAUUGCUACAAUCAUUAUGCAUGAUUUAACAUUUCUUGAAAUUCCACCUGAGAAAAGAAGAGUUAGAUCAAAUAUGAAUUGA